ACUAUUUGAAGAGAAGUUCAUGUUAGAAAUGAAAAAUAUCAAAGAUCUUAUAAAAUGCUGCCAAAAUACAGAACGAUUUGAAGCUUGAACAUAAUACAGCAAACAAACAUCCAUAUAUACUAAAUUACAAAAUUGUUAAACAUUUUCGUACACUUUCCAGGCAACACGCACGUCACAAAGAAUACCCAACUGUGCGCCAACCUAACCACAACACUAACCAUAAUUAUAUCGAGAAUAUUAAUAACAACAGUCACAAUAACAACAGCAAUAAGAUGAGCAAAACAGAUCCGAUAUCGCUCAGCUUCCACGACUCCUGUCUGCGCAUGUCCGACGUCCAACUGCUGCACGGACCGCGUUGGCUAAACGAUCAGAUCUUAAGCUUCUACUAUGAGUAUCUGUCGCAUGUCAAGUACAAGAACAACAAUGACUUGUACUUUAUAGCGCCCGAGGUGACGCAGUGCAUGAAAUAUAUGGAUGAUUCUGAGCUGGCGAUGCUGCUGGACAAGAACAAUGUUGCUUACAAGCCGUUCAUAUUCUUUGCUCUCAACGAUAACGGAGCCACUGAGGAAGGUGGCACCCAUUGGUCGCUGUUGGUGAUGUCACAGCCCGAGAAGACAUUCUUUCACUUUGACUCUUUCGGUAAUAGCAAUACGGCUACAUCGGUGAAGCUGAUGAAUAGAUUGAAGGACUUUCUGGGCAUGCGUCUGGCCAAGUUCUGUCCGAUGCGCUGUCUGCAGCAAUCGAAUGGCUACGACUGUGGCAUCCAUGUCAUCUGCAUGACCGAUCAUAUAGCUGAUUAUGUGAACCGCUACGAGAUGAUACACGGUCUGCCCGGACUGCACAUCGAGACUGUGAAGGCCAAGCGAGCCGAGCUGCUGAAGCUGAUCCUCUCUCUGGGAGGCAGUUGUUAAUCCGGCCCUUCCUCAUAUAUAUAUAUAUAUAUAUAUAUUUCGAUGUAAUCCGAAAACUGAAUACCGAAUGCAGAUGAGUGUGUGUAAUGUGAUCGAAAUGUGUACACUUAACGAUAUUGAUAUGGAUUAUAUAUAGUUGAUUAGAGUAUUGUAUUCCCUCCAUCUGG